UCGCCCAUGCACCUUAGUAAAUACGCUGUGUGAUGACGCGUCUGCAUCUACGUGUCCAGAAAGUCAUCCAGUCAACAUGGCGGCGCAACAAGGAGAUGUUGAUGAGCUCUUAGAUGUGAAAAAUGCUUAUUAUAUUGGCAAUUAACAACAAUGUAUAAAUGAAGCCCAGAAAGUGAAGCCAUCAACACCUGAGAAGGAGGUUGAGAGAGACAUGUUUCUGUAUAGAGCUUAUAUUGCACAGAGGAAGUAUGCUGUGGUGAUGGGUGACAUCAAGGCCAGUUCCUCGACAGAGCUCCAGGCUAUCAGAUUGUUUGCUGAGUAUUGCUCCAACGAGGCCAAAAGGGAUGCCGUUGUGGCUGAACUUGACAAGAAGAUGGCCAAGAGUGUAGAUGUGGCCAACACAACAUUCCUGGUCAUGGCUGCGUCCAUUUACUACCAUGAGAUGAACUCUGACGCUGCCCUGCGGUCCCUGCACCAGAGAGAACGUCUGGAAUGCAUGGCAAUGACCAUUAAGGUGCUGCUGAGUUGAGAACAUGUUGAUUUGGCAAGUUUGAGUCUGCUGCUUCAACUGAUAGCGAAGAGAUGCCGUCUACUACUAGUGCGAUUUUAAAUCCCACACACACACACACAGACGCACCUGACACGACUCGAGUGGCCCCGUUACCACAGUAAUCUUCCCCCCUGUAAUUUAGCAAUAUAUCACAUUACUUUUUACUAAUAAAUGCUUUUGUUUUAGCAAGAUUACAAAGAAUGGUCAUCUGUGUUCUGUUUUUGUAUGGUGGAAAACAUUUUUUGGCUGGUAUAAAUUUUAAAAAAUCAGUGGCAGGUAGAUUUUUCAAUCUGGCUGGUGGACCAAAAAGGUCAUUUUAGGCCCUGGUGAAGCCCCCCUACAUGCUAGAAUACUUCAGUGCAGUGGGCCCCAUUAGCUCUCCACCUGAAAUAAAUGGUAUUUUAUUGACAGCACCACUCUCUCUAAAUGUAGUCAUCACUAUGAUUGAAUUCAGCUUUUUGUGCAGUCAUUAAGAAUAAAACUCCAUUUCAGUUUAUCUGAACAGAAAAAAAAACUGCACUCUUGCUUUUUUCCUUUUUUAAAGGGAGGAGAGAAGCUGCAGGAUGCUUACUACAUCUUCCAGGAGAUGUUGGAUAAGUACUCCCCAACUCUGCUUCUGCUUAAUGGCUAGGCUGCCUGUCAUAUGGCCCACAACAAGUGGGAGGGGGCAGAAGGGGUUCUCCAGGAGGCACUAGACAAGGUCAUUACUUGCCUCAAAUGCACUCUAAUAUCUUAUUCUACAAAGGAAUCUAGAUGUGUAAAGGGUUGUUUUUAAAUAAAGAUGAAGACUAACUAAUAGCGUAACAUUAUAGGACAUUACAGUGACUAUUGAAUAGUACCAUUUCAAUUACUUUAACCAAUUGAUGUCUGUUGUCUCAUCCAACCACAGAGCAAUACAAGUUUAGUGUCAUUUUAAGGGAAAUACUUGCAACUUUUUCAAUUGAACAGUAGGUGGUGCCAAAUGCUAUAUUCUUGUCCCCAUGGCCUGCAGUUAAUCUGAGAUGAGAAAAAAAGAAUUGGCCAGAGCAUAACCAGUACCUUGUUGGGGUGUCAUGGAAGACUGAUCCUUGGUUAAAUAAUUACACAAAAAGAUCUCCCACAUUUUAUGCUCUUGUUUAGACUAUGACCAGUGAUUAAUGUGAAUACACUAGUACUAUAGUGGUCGUAUACACAUUUCAGAACGUGUGAUUAAACGUGUGAAUGAAGCAGGGUAGUGAGUUUUUAAUUUUUCCUUUAUUUAACUAGGCAAGUCAGUUAAGAACAAAUUCUUAUUUUCAAUGACGGCCUAGGAACAGUGGGUUAACUGCCUGUUCAGGGGCAGAACGACAGAUGUACCUUGUCAGCUCAGGGGUUUGAACUUGUAAACUUCCGCUUACUAGUCCAACACUCUAACCACUAGGCUACCCUGCCGCCCCAAGUAAGGUCAUACAGUGCAUUGAGACACUGCUGUGAGAAACUGGGUGUUUUCCAAACUCUGAUUUCCCCCGUAACAGGACAGCAGCCACCCUGAGACUCUGAUCAACCUGAUUGUGCUGACCCAGCACUUGGGCAAAGCUCCUGAGGUGAGACUUUGGACCUAUAUCGGUUUAUGGGUAUUCCUCAGGGUGCAUCAGGUUUUGUCACAGAUACAGAGAAAUGUUUGUCUCAAUUUAGGUUUGUUUUUGAUUUGUUUGGCUGAAAGGUUUGCUGAUUAUAUUAUGCUCUUUUUAAACAGCAAGUAAAACUCAUGAACACUUGUAGUGAUGAAGUGUAAUUUUUUUUUUAUCUGUGCCACAUUGAGGUGAUAGUGAGUAAAUGAUAAAUAGAAUUGUUAUUGUCUACAGAAUGCUGUCUUCAAUGGGUUCAAUCUAAUUACUGAUAAUUACCCAAUCAAGGAUAUCUACAACUGGUGUAUAAAGAGUAGACCUUGUUCUAAUGAUUUAUGAUAAAUUAUUUUUGGCAUUAACAUCCUUAAGGGGAUUCUCUAGUACUGUUCUACACUUUUUAGCCAGUAGUUCUGAAAUUAGCAAUCACGAGUCAAGUGGUCCCUGAAAAUUGCAUCACAUACAGUGCAUUCAGGAAGUAUUCAGAGCCCUUGACUUUUUCCACAUUUUGUUGCAUUCCAGCCUUAUUCUAAAAUGUAGUUUUUUUUCAUCAAUCUAUACUUUUCCCUCUUUUUUUUGCAAAUGCAUUAAAAAUGAAAAACAAUCACAUUUAAAUAACAAUUCAGACCCUUUACUCAGUGCUUUGUUGAAGCACCUUUGGCAGCGAUUACAGCCUUGAGUCUUGGGUAUGACGCUACGAGCUUGGCACACAUGUAUUUGGGGAGUUUCUCCCAUUCUUCUCUGCAGAUCCCCUCAAGCUCUGUCAGGUUGGAUGGGGAGCGUCGCUGCACAGCUAUUUUCAGGUAUCUCCAGAGAUGUUUAAAUCGGGUUCAAGUCCGGGCUCUGGGUGGGCCACUCACAGACAUUCAGAGACUUGUCCCAAAGCCACUCCUGUAUUGUUUUGGCUGUGUGCUUAGGGUCGUUGUCCUGUUGGAAGGUGAACCUUUUCCCCAGUCUGAGGUCGUGAGUGCUCUGGAGAAGAGUUUCAUCAAGGAUCUCUCUGUACCUUGCUCCAUUCAUCUUUCCCUCGAUCCUGACUAGUCUCCCUGCCCCUGAAAAACAUCACCACAGCAUGAUGCUGCCACCACCAUGCUUCACCGUAGAGAUGGUGCCAAGUUUCCUCCAGAUGUGAUGCUUGGUAUUCAGGCCAAAGAGUUCAAUCUUGGUUUCAUCAGACCAGAGAAUCUUUUUUCUCAUGGUCUGAGUCCUUAGGUGCCUUUUGGCCAACUCCUGUCUCUGAGCUCUAUGGACAAUUCCUUCGACCACAUGGCUUGGUUUUUGCUCUGUCAUGCACUGUCAACUGUGGGACCUUAUAUGGACCGGUGUGUGCCUUUCCAAAUAAUUUCCAAUCAAUUGAUUUUACUACAGGUGGACUCCAAUCAAGUUGUAGAAACAUCUCAAGGAUGAUCAGUAGAAACAGGAUGCACCUAAGCUCAAUUACGAGUCUCAUAGCUCAUGUAAAUAAGGUAUUUCUGUAUACAUCUUUUUUUAUAUAUAUACAAUUGCAAACAUUUCUAAAAAACUGUUUUCGCUUUGUCAUUAUGGGGUAUUGUGUAUAAAAAAAAUAAAGUUUAAUCCAUUUUAGAAUACGGCUGUAAUGUGGAAAAGGGGAAGGGGUCUGAAUACUUUCCGAUUACACUGUGCACCACGUCAUUGUUCUCACUCAGCUGUGGGUGCAUCUUGUUAGCUGCUAGGGGGCUGGCCCACGUUUGGGAAAAUGUAGCACAACUUCCAGAAAAAUAAUUGCCUUCAAACUAGGGAUUUCCUGGGUAAUUGAGGUAAAACAGUAAUUCUGCUCUUAGAUGAUGUAUGUAUGAACUACACAGUGACUGUUUACAUGCACACCAAUAAUUCAAUGUUUUUCUGGUUUUCUGAGCAUGAGCAGUCUUUCAAAUUAUUAGGACAUGUGAACACCUUAAUUGGCAUUCCAGCUGUGUAUUUGAUUUGCGAAUAUGCCAGCACCAUCUGAGUGAGCCUCCCCUUUUAGCGCGAGUGAAGUGAGUUCGAAACAACAAUGUUUGUCUUAAAGUAGUUUUCGCAUACAAACUCAAUCAAAUAGGCUUCCCAAAGAUAACAUGUUCGCUGUGUUAGAAUGUUUAUUUUGAUUGGUGAUUUUCUACAUUUAUCAGUCCCAUCAGGUAGCCUGAUUUCAGAAGUGUUCAUGUAAACAGGGUUAUUAGGGAAAUUGUUAAUCUUGCAAAGCAUGUAAAUCUUUUAUUGGAAUAUUAUAUUAAUCUGACUUCUCAAUAAUCACAUGAUUGUGUGCAUGUAACCGUACUCAUUGACACAUUCAGCCCAAAUCAGAAGGUAUAAAAAUAAAAUAAAAAGUAGUUGCCGAAGUUCAGGAGCAUGUCUUUAACAUCAAUCUGUUAUGCAUCUGUUCACAGGGAACCAACCGGUAUCUCUCUCAACUGAAUGAUGCCCAUAGAGCUCACCGCUUCCUUAAAGAUUACCUGUAUGUUGAUUUAAUUUGCCCGUACACAUCAAUGCAUUCUUCAGCUGUUGGUCAGUCUUUGCUCUCUUGGAACUAAAUCAAAUGAUUUGAUUGGCAGCACUUCAGGAUAUCUAGUCCAAUGAGAUUUAAAUACGGUCUGAUUUUGACUCAGACUUCACUACACAUAAUUACUCAAUAAAGAAGUGCAAAUAAACAUUGAAAUGUCAGGUUGUUUCACUCAACGGACCAGGUUAUUUCAGUACACAACAGUUUUACUAGUUAAACAUGUUCUACUGUGUGUUAAAUGUUAAUUUAUUCUUGCCUCAGGAGAAUGAAUUUGACACUGUCGAUGCAGUAUGCUCCCACUGCGACUGUUUGACACAAUGAAGGAAUUUGUUUGGACGACAAAACAUCAUGAAUACUGGACUCUAAAUUGUAUGGAUUAAAAUUGACAUGCACAUUUAGACAUUUUUAUAUAUUUAAAAAAAACUUUUAUUUUGCAGAACUUUAUCAUAAUAAUAUUACCUUUUUAUGUAGUGGACACAGAUUUGAUUUAUACUCCGAAGUAGUUGUAGUACAUGAAAUGUCCCUUUUGAUAAUGUCUCUGUUUGUAACAUUUCCAUUUCUCUAAAUUGAUAAAUUGCCUCCUGUGUAACUGUUUUCUAUAAACAUUCCUCUGAAUUGACAAUACAUGUUUUAUGACCCUGUUUA